CCCGCCGCGCCAGCGGAGACAUGAGCGCCCGGCGGCCCGGCCCCGCGGCCCCGUGAUGGGCUCCUGCGUGUCGCGAGAUUUGCUCACAAGUGCCCACAAGGACUGCCCCCUGCCCCAGUGCACGGCCCCCCUGAACCCAGACUUGCCCUCCAUCAUGGCUCCAGAUCAUGUCACUGGCAAGGACAGACAGAUGGAUUUCUGUUGGGAUCCUUGGCAGAGGUGCUUCCAGACCACCAACGGCUACCUGUCCGACUCCAGGUCCUGCUCCAGCAGCUACAACGUGGCAGCUCUGGCCACCUCGUCCCUCGUGGGGGUGGUGCAGAGCAUCAAGGACCACAUCACAAAGCCCACGGCCAUGGCCCGUGGCCGUGUGGCCCACCUCAUCGAGUGGAAGGGCUGGAGCGCCCAGCGGGCGGGCUGGGAGCUGCCCCCAGAGGACGACGAGCAUUACUGCCGCCUCCCGGACGAGCUGCGUGAGGCCCGCUUUGCUGCAGGGGUUGCCGAGCAGUUUGCCAUCACGGAGGCCACACUGAGCGCCUGGUCCUCGCUGGACGAUGGAGAGCUACGCCCGGAGAGCAGCCCCCUGGACGUGCUCCAGCUCCAGGACCUGGGGAGCAUCUACCUCCAGGAUAGCCUUCUGAGUGUCCACUCGCAGGAUGACAGUCUUCUGGCCUUCUCCUCCCCCGACAGCUGGCCCUCCCCUGAUGAGCCCUCCAGCCCUGCAAGGCAGCUCCGGCCACGGCUUCCGGGGGCCCUGGGGCCCGAGGAGGGGGCCAGCCUGCAGGGGCCCCCGCGCUUCGUGGAUGGCGGCCCGCCCUCCGAGGAGGAGGACGAGGUGUUCUAUAACUGAGGUGGGCCGGGCCGCUCCCACUGUGCCCGGUGGGCAGCCCAGAGCCAUCAGGACCCCGGGUGCUGGGUGGGUGUCUCAUGAUCCCUGAGGGCAGGCGUGGGGUGGGGCGGCGCUCCUGUGGACGCUCCUUGCCUCCCGGACCUCCUCCGCCUCCCCCGUGGGAGCUGUGAUCCCCUCCGCCUCUCUACCUGGCUCAGGAGGGCGCCUUCCCCUCAGGGUGUCUGCCACAGGCAGGCUCGAGGACUCUCAGCAAACACCCGGGCAGACUGCCCAGAGGAGCUGACAGCCACAGAUGAGUGUGGGGACCCUGCUCAGCCCCAAGCUCAGCCCUCUGCCUGUGCUCCAGCCCCAUCAGAGGCGGCGGCUCCUUGGAGCGCUGACCCCUGCUCCUCAGCGCUCUUCAUAGGGAUUGUCUCUUGGGGUGUCUGCCGGCCCCUCACUCUCUGGACCUGCUCCCCGGGGCCCUGCUUCCCCUCCUC